AUGCGGGCCACCAUCAUCUUCUCCAUUUUCCUCGUCCUCAUCCUCGCCGUCUCGGCCAACCCCACGUCCCAGCCAGUGAAGGGAGGAGGUAGGUUUUAGCAUUCGAAAUCUGUGUUGUCCAUGUGCAUCCGUCGUCCGUCAAAUGUGCUCGAGCUUAAUGUCGGUAAUCCCCAUAAACUUGAGAGUAAUCCAUUUUGUUUCGCAGGUCUCCAACUCCCUUCAGGUGACAAUUGCGACCCUCUCCGCUGCAACCGCGCCUGUCAAGACCAUGAUUAUCGAGGCGGCAGUUGCUCCAUGGGGAGGUGUAUAUGCUUCUGAGAGGAUUCGUUUGAGUCAUAUGCGCAGAAACAGCGAAUUAUAAUAUUUUCGGGACUAAUAAACUUUGCAUAUCAAUUGGAAUUUUGUUAAUAGGGGAAAUAUGUAUAUACCCCAAGUGCGACGCUCAGAUUUUGAUGAAACUUGGCACAAAUUUAUAAUAAUUUUUUCUAAAAGAUGUGCGAGAAUCUUAGCUCACGCUUUGCAGAAACAACCGAGAUUUUUAAAUCGAAAAUUGGCGAAAAUUUGACAAUUUUUGCCGAAUUUCGGCACGAAAAGUUUUAUGCCUAUUUCUACCAUAGAAGGUAAUGUUUAAAAAAAUAAUUUUUUCCGCGCAAAGCCGUAAAACUUAUGGCUAAAAGUGUUCUUGGAGUUCCUGUGUGACUUUGCGUGGAUUUAAAAAACCGGUUUAGUGUUCAAAAAAAACUUUUUCUCACAUCUUUUUCAUUUAUUAAUAUUUUGCAAGGUCCAUUUCAACAACAUUCUCAACUGUAAUUAAAAAAAAUAAUUGGAAAAUUUGCAUAAUGAAGCAGUUCCUCUUUCAAAUUCGUUCUUACAAACAUAUUGAAAAAAUGCGUAUAAAAACUUGAUCCGGCAUUUUUGUCAAAAUGGAAUAGUUCUGCUCUCUUUUGUAAUGAAUCUAGGGGAUUUUGUAUGAUAAUUCCAAACCGUUUUCAUUUUUUAUGUAACAAAUAAAAACAGAAAAUUUUCCGUUAUUAAAAAAAUGAAAAUUAAAUCUACCGUCAUAUUUUAAUUUCAAUUCAUCUGUUUAUAUUGGCUAUUGGAACCAAUAUAAACAGAAUUGCUUUGAACAAUCUUGUAAAGCGACGUAAGACAUGAAGUUUACACUUUUUCUAGCUGUUCUUUUGGUCCUGCUUGCUUCAGUCUCUGCCAUGAAAGGUAGGCAAAGUUUUAUAAAAAACCUUUUAAAAAACCUGUCCGUAUCUUCAGAGAAGAAAUGCGACGAGGCAGAUUGUCGCAAAUUCUGCAUCAAGAGUGGCUAUCGGUUUGGGGGAUGGUGCAUUUAAAGGACCACAAAAGGUAUUUUUUGAACCGAAAUUUGCUCGGCUAAAAAAUUGACUAUCAGGGAUUUUCGCGUCGAGAAAAUUCCGAAGAACAAAUGUUCUCGAUUUUUUUUGGAACAAAAGAUUUUCUGAGGUUCUGUUCUGACCUCCUUGUAGAGUGUGUAGCAACGUGAUUCGAUACAAUGGAGGAUCAUCCCUGACUUUGCGGCCUAAUUUGGACCUCUACCUCGAAAACAACAUGUAAGUCAAUAUUUUAGUGUUUCUGGCUAUUUUAGGCAAUUUUUACGACGACGAAGCAAGAAAAUGAGUUUAGUAUCAAAAUUAGCCAUCCAGGAGUGCUGGUGGUCGAGUUUUUGAGAAGAUUGAGUCAAAAAUGUUGACCAGAAUACCUAGUAUAAUAUAGUUUUUUCCAGGAAUUAA